GCAUAAAACUUGACCCUGUAAUAACAACAAACAAAUCCCAACAAGCAAAAUCCCUUCAGAAAGUACACACAGAUUCCUAUUUCAUUUCAUCCCCUUCCCUCAGCCUGUCUGUCUGUCCGUAGACACCAACCAAAUUCCCCAAAGCCAAAAACUUUUUCAGAAUGAAUGUUCAUAAUCACACAAACAAGCCCCAUUAUCUUCUCACACAACUUUCUUGAAUCUUUUUUUGCAGGUAAUUUGAGUGGCUAUCAAAUGGUAUGCUCUCUUGCAGGUGUGCAAAUGACAACCCUUCCUCAAGAGGAUGUAGGCUGUUGGAAAUUAGCUGCUCAGUACAUUCAAAAAGAAUUUAAAGAGGCAGACGAAGCGAAUUUGCUUGAUGAAGAAGAUAUGCACGUAUUCGGUCUGAGGCCUAUGGUGGAUCCCUUAAACUUGGUUUCUUGCAAUUCCUGCAAGAAACCAGUGAAGGUUAGCCAAUAUGCAACUCAUGCAGAGAUUUGCAAGUCCUUAAGCUCACUAGUAGACCACACAACAGAGAAUGAUGUUCCUGUGAAAAAGAAACCUCCCAGGAAGGAGAGGAAAAAAUCACAAAUUAGUAUUUCUACACAAGUUGAAUCAGUUGGUAAGCCUAGAAGAUCUGCAAUUACUAAAACUACUGCUUCAAAUUCUCAUUUGGAUGAACAAAAGGCAACUUCACUUCCCGUACAACCAAAUGGCAGAGAGUCCUUAAAUGAAUCACAAGCAAGAAGCGUGAAAAAUGUCGACGGUGUCAACAGUUUACAAACUCCUGGGAAAUUCAAUGAUAAUCAUUUACAGACCAAAGGAAUGCUAAGUGCUCCAUCUCCACUUGCAACCAAGAUUUACUAUUCUCAAAGAAAUCAACGUCUCAGAUCUGCAAUAAGCCAAAUGUAUUACAGAUCAACAUCUUCACAACAUGAUCAUGAUCUAAGCAAUAUGCAAUUCUCAGACAGCAAUACAAUGCCAUCAAUUAAUGGUUAUUUUCACCAUAGCCAAAACGAGUACCAGCCUGAAAAGCUCGGCAAUCAUCUCCCAACCAUGGUGGAAAUUACUGAUCCAUUUCCUGCAAAAAGUUUGGAAGCUAAUCUAAAUGAAUCCACAAAGCUCUUGCCUGUAAACUUUCCAGAUCAAUUUUAUGUAAAUAAUGCCCUAGGACCUCAAAGAGCUAUGGGAAACUCAGCAAACGAUGUUCUUCCAGCUUCUUAUCUUUCUGAUGAAAGUUAAGGACAUCCAUUAGGACAACGCAGCAGCAGUGUUCCUGUGUACAGCCACCAGGGAAAUUUUUGGUAGCCAAGGUGAUUAUUUUGUUAUUAUAUCUCUUAACUUUGGAAUGGUGUUUCUUAGUUUCCACCCAAUUCUACCUACACGAAUUGAACCAUGGAAAACAAAGAUUCAUUUCAAUUCUAUGAUGGCAUUGUAAACGAUUCAAACUAGGGUUUGUCAUCAUACAAUGAUGUAUAAAUCCUCGUAUAGUAUUAUAUUUUUGGUCUUUAAUGAAGAUGCCGAAUUCAAUGUU